AAAACAUACACCCAUCUUACCAUAUAAAUAUUCAUCAAUCUAAAAUAAAAAUGCCCGAAUCAGCAACCUACACCCACGGCCACCAUCCCUCCGUCCUACAAGCCCACUCCUGGCGCACAGCAACCAACUCAGCCGCCUACCUCCUCCCCCAUCUGACAUCCUCAUCCAACUCUUCUCUCAAAAUCCUCGAUCUAGGCUGCGGCGCCGGCACCAUCACCGUCGACCUCGCAGCGCACGCUCCACACGCACACAUCACCGGUCUCGACAUCAGCGAGGAUGUACUCCGCCGCGCGCGAACUCUCGCUACACAACGCGGUAUCUCCAAUAUCGAGUUCGCGACUGGUGAUGCGAACUCCCUUCCCUACGAGGAUGGCACUUUUGAUAUCGUCCACGCUCACCAGGUUCUGCAGCAUGUUUCUGAUCCGGUUGGCGUGUUACGGGAGAUGAAGCGUGUGACGAAAGUCGGGGGCAUUGUGGCUGCGCGAGACGCGGAUUAUGGUGUGUUCGUGUGGUAUCCUGAGACGGAGGGGUUGGAGAGAUGGAGGGAGCUGUUUUGUGGUGUUGCGAGGCGGAAUGGAGGGGAUUUGCAUGCGGGGAGGAAGCUGCAUGUAUGGGCUAAGCAGGCUGGGUUUACGGAUGUGAGCUGUUCGACGAGUUCAUGGUGUUAUAGCCAGCGCGAAGAAGUGAGGAUGUGGAGUGAGACGUGGGCUGAGCGAACAGCGGGGGAAGGAUCGUCGUUUGUUAAGUCGGCGGUGGAGGCGCAGUUGGCGACGAGGGAGGAGUUGGAGCGCAUUGCUGCGGCGUGGAGAAGAUGGGGAGAGGAUAAGGAUGCAUGGAUUUCAGUGCCGAGUGGUGAGAUUAUUUGUCAGAAGAUCUAAACAUUGCAUUUGCUAUACUAGAUCUGUCUUGUUCUAGUGUACAUCUUUCCAGAUCGUUAUAGAUCAUUGUCUAGCCCUCGUAGCCAGCUCCGUCACUUUGAUAUCUGGAUUGGCCAGGACAAGAGACAAACAGUUGAUGAAAACAUGAGUAAAAUCCUUUAACAUUUCAGGGAGAACCCUCCGCUCCCGGUAUGUGAGAUAGCUAGUGAUACCGUCAUCGAACUCAUCGACACAGAGUUCAAAGUCGCUCAGCGAGAUGUCGAGUGUAUCAUGCUCUAUUCAAGACAAGGCUUCCCUCUCGCAUGGUGGGGGUUUGAAUUGGGAAUCUGGAUGACGGCGAUGGUUUAAAAGGGUAUUCAGCAGCCCUGGGUUGAGCUCGCGAGCGGUGUCGACGGCGGCAAAUGGA